AUAUUUUGGAUGAAUCUGAAAUCUUUUCUUAGCAUAGUGCAACAUUACCUGUGCUAGUGCAAUCUGUUCUUAGCAGAAACAAGAUAUGGCAUAUCUACAUCAGGACAAGCUGUGUUUAAGCAAUAUCCUGCACUUCAUUGAGCGUAGUCUAGCCAUUUGAGAAGGUUCGUAGCUUCGUAGUACAAGUCACGUCCUUGGUUGUCGCUUCGAGUAUAUAUGUAAAUUGAAAUUAAUUUCGCGAUCGCGUCAUUGCGUCGGUUUGUGCACGCAUACGGAGUCUGAGUCUGACUGAUGCUUGUAUCUUCGUUGCACACAUAAUGCAUUUAAACGCGCGUCAUCGCGAUGAGACAAUUUUAUGGCGUCUUCUCACGUGUUCAAAAACGAGCUCGUUACUGAUCAGCGAUGAUAACGUUUCGAAAAUAGGACUUUAUCUUUACGAUUUCAAUGAUAUGCUCGAAAACAGAUCGUAUAAUCAUACGUCUCGGCUCGGAAUUGAACGAUCUGUCUCUCUAUUAUGUUCACGUCGCUUUAUAUACGGCGAUCUGUAGCGCGAUAUGUUAGUCGCCAAGAAAAUUUGCUAGUCGAAAGACAACGGCUGUGUUAUUGGCAUAUUAUUUCUCAUAACCGACACUAUGGACGAGUCCAUCGGUAAACCAAUUACACUAUGUCUUUGGAGGAAUCUCGGAGAUCGCAGCGCCCGUACCGAUACGGUAUGGUUCUCCUGUGCGUCGGAGCUCUCAUAAACUGGUUGGGUUUGGCGGAGAACUAUGUCGAACCGGUGCGUUACGUCGGUGUCGCCUGCAUAGUUGCCGGGGCUCUCCUCAUUUGCGCCGCGAUGUGUUGUUGGCUGCACGCACCGCCAACUAGGACGAGCACGCACACGCAACAUACGAAUCAUCCGAUCACGGCACAGAUCGAUGAUCCAAUCCACGUGAUUUCCAUCGAGGAACCUUCGGUCUUGUCGAGACAGAAGCCGCCCGAUUACGAGGCGGUGACGGAUGCACCACCGAGCUACGACGAUGCCAUCAAGCUAAAUCCUAGUCAAUUAGUCAGGUUGAGCAAUGGUAGCACGCCGCCAUUAUCCUCAGGACAAAUUAUCCCGACGACCAUCAGUAUCGUUUCUCCUACGCUAACACCACCACCGCCGUACGCCAGGUGAGAUCGUAACGCUAGGAAUAGAGAGACCAAUAAAUACGAAGGUUUACGACGUGAGAACCGACGUCAAUUACGAAGAACGGUCAAGAGUUGCAGAUUGCAAACAAUAUGACCGUACGAUAAUUUCGUUGUUUGCUUUCGUCGUUGCGAAAUGCGUGAUACGUAACUGUAAAGCAUAUACGUAGCUGUGCAGAAUACGAUCUUGCCAGAGAAGAAGGGGGGAUUCGAGCCAUCCGAAAAUCGUUUGACAUUUCCACAAACAAGAAUCGAAUGAGGAUCUCUUUUUUGACAUCUCACAAAUUCCGAUUGUUUAGAUAAUUAAUUAUUGGACAAUUGUGGAACGUUGCUGGUACCAACGUCAUUCAGGACGAUUAAUUCUUCCUUUACAACUACGUUAUAGCUCUCCUGUUAUGAUUUAGAAAGAAACUGGGAAUCAUUAAACAGAUUUCAUUGAUCAUGACGAUAUCUGAGUUAACUCGAUGCGGUCUAAAGAAUUGCGAUCAUCAUUACUUUUUCAUUUGUUGAUCUCUCAUAAAGUAAUACGCGUGUGAGAAAGCGAAAACAGGUGAUAUGGUACACGAUAACGUACUGGCACACAAUGCACAAUUGCAAAGAUAGAGAUAUGUAUAUACCUUACUUUUUCAUUUUUAAUAUAAUUCGAUGACAGUCUCGACGAGAAUAUUCCUCGAUUAUAUCAUAACGUCCGCGUGCUUUCUAUCAAUUAUAUGCUUGCUUGGCCGUCUUGUAACAGCGAUAAUAAAGUAACAACUUUUAGCACUCGAACGUUACGUUCAGCUCGCGGUCCGCUGUUCAUUUAAUUUAAUGAUUCGAAUCGCAACUUAAUUGAUACCGUGCUAAUCUACAGAAAUGACAGACCCUUAAGAUUAAUUGACGGAGCAACUAUGCAAUUUAUACUAUAUACACAUUUAAUUUAUGAUGAUUGUUAUUGAAAAAUAAUAUAAAUAGAGAGAAUUGAAGAAAUACCGCUAAAAUACAUAUAAACCGCAUCCAUUUAUGCCUACAAUGUUAAAGUUUGUUAUAUUCGAAUUUAAUUCAUGUCAUUUUUAGAACAAAUAGCUUAAUUAUCGAAUCUAUUUUUAUAUAAGAUGAAUGGAAAAGCUCCGAUGAAUUUUUACAUUCUCGAGAAGGUCUGUUAUAAAUGCGACGAGUAUUCAAAGACAAUCGCAUCUUACAAUGGUCCAAAGAGGAAUCAUAAUAAUAGAGCAUUUAGCGCGUUGCGAGCUCAACUGCGUAUAAUUUACUGAAGAAUGUUCUUCUGCCAUAUCGUCUCAGUAUCUGUUUCUUUAACUACGCACACGCGCGCACAGUACACUUAUGCGAAAGCCAUUCGCACGUCCAUUUUUAUUGUGAUAUAUUAUACAUAUAUACGUAUUGAUAAUAUGAAGCAACACUAUCGAAUAUAAUGGCGAUGCUUGUAUUAUAAAAUAAGACUUUUUUAUAACAAAAAUGCAAAUAAAUAAUAUGAGAUUUUUCUAUGU